AUGGGUUCAGUUAUGAAGAGAGAUUCUCAAGAGGAGCCUGUCGUCGAGCUCAAGACGAUUUCGCCGCGGGUGUCUGAAUCUCUCAACCCAGCCCAUGUCAAUAAUGAGUAUGCCGACGACGAUGGAGGCCAUGAUCCCAAGGAGGCUUUGCUUUCUCAUGAUUCGGAUAUCGAGGCACAGAAGGGACAGGUGACGGAGAAACCUGCAAGCACAAUACCUCUCGAAUAUGGAGUUCCUCUUCGUACUAAGCUCUUCUACUUGAGCACAUAUCUACUUCUUAAUCUGGCUUUGACGAUUCACAGCAAGAUGCUGUUUGCACAAUUCAAAUUUCCAUUCUUAUUGACGUCUUUCCACACUGGAGCAACGUCUAUAGGCUGCUAUAUGCUUAUGCUUUCCGGCUAUAUCAAACCUUCAAAUCUGUCCCUCCGAGAUAACAUGAUCAUUGUUGCAUUCUCCAUGCUGUGCACCAUUAACAUUGCGAUUUCAAACGUAUCUUUAGCGCUGGUAUCGGUCGCAUUUCAUCAGAUCGUUCGCUCCAUUGCACCGGUGUUCACAGUCAUUGUUUACAAACUUUGGUUCGGACGGGAGUAUUCUCGGGCGACCUGGAUCUCCUGUAUACCCAUUACUGUCGGCGUCUCCAUGGUUGCUUACGGCGAGCUGGACUUCACCGCCAUCGGAUUCGCUCUCACUCUACUCGGUGUGGUCUUAGCUGUCACCAAAAGUGUGGUGACGAACAGACUCAUGACCGGAAAUCUUGCUCUCCCGCCUCUAGAGAUCCUACUUCGAAUUUCACCAUUGGCAGCAUUCCAAUCUUUGGUUUACGCUAUGGUCACUGGAGAGGGGGCUGGCUUCAGAAAGUUCGUCGACGAUGGACAACUCACCACAGGAUGGGUAAUUGCCCUCGUCACCAACAGCAGCAUAGCAUUUCUUCUCAACAUCUCCUCCUUCCAAACCAACAAAGUCACUGGAGCUUUGACGAUCACUGUCUGUGGGAACCUGAAGCAGAUUCUGACCGUCCUUCUUGGUAUUCUUAUUUUCAACGUCAAGAUCGGUGCUAUCAAUGGAUUGGGCAUGAUAGUCGCCAUUGUUGGCGGCGCAUACUAUAGCAAGGUGGAACUGAACAACAAACAGGCGAAGAAGACACCUUCACCUGGCUCGUAG